AAACUCAGUGCAGCCCACAUAACCAAGUUUAUACCAAGUUUGCCCUUAUUUCUUCUACAUGUUCCCCUUACGUUCAUUCAGUGUCUCUAAAACUCAAUCGACGGCAACAAGUUUCAGAAGGCAGAAGACUGCAAAAUCAGAGAGGUGCUCUGCCAUAAGGGACUUUUAGUUUCUUCGCGCAUCACAUUCACACUUGACGAUUCGAGGGUUUAAUUUCAACGGCCAUUUGUGGAUGUAGACCACGGUCGGUAAUCAUGUUGUGUGGCUGUGUGUUUUUAGUUGGACAAAGUGUGAUCUGAAAUUGCUGUUAUAGGUGGUCACUGUCAGUGUCUUGAGGAAUUAUAGUGAUCGAACCUAUUAAAAUCUCGUCCUGUUAACUAUUGGACGGAGCCAUCCGGUUCUAUCUCAUCUCUGUCUCUUGCUUCUAUGGAAGAUUAUCCCUUAAUUGUCAAGAAGUACGUGGCAGGGACAUGCCCAAACCGUCCGUUCAAGUUUAACCCCAAUAAACUUCUUGUUUCUAUAUAAAAGUUCUGUGCAUACACUAUGUUUGUAUUGGCAUUUAAAAUUAUGGUGAUGUCUUAAUCACAACUGUUAGCAUGAUCUCAAAAAUUGGAAGCAUCAUAUCAGAUAUGUUUUUCCUUUCCUAUCAGAUAUAUUUUUCCUUUCUUUAGACCACUUGUGAAAUCAGAGUCAGAUUAUAGUGUUCUGAAACAAUUUUUUUUCUUGUAUUAUUGUGCAGAUACUGUCUUUUUAAAGGAAGUAUUAGUUUUGGUUUGAGCGAUAACACUUGGAUGGGUUAUAAAUUUGAGAGGAAUAAGGAUGAAAGCUGGUUGUUCUGAAUUGAGGUUUAAGAAAAAUUCUGUCAUUCUCAUGACUCUUGUAUGUACAACAAUUCUUAUUUGGGCAUGGGACAGGAAUCCACUCCUAGCCUCCUUUUUUCUACCUCAGGGUCGCCCUUUACGGCUGCCCCCAGGUGUAUUUCCAUCUGGAGAAACUGUUAAGGGUGCUCCAACUGUUAACUCCGGAGGUCCAAAGCAAGAUAUGUCUGCAAUUGCCAAAAAGGAGGCAGUUAAUGAGGUUGAGGGACAUUAUUUUGAUGCAGCUAGAAAGAAUCCUGCAGAAGUCUCUCCUGGAAUUUUCAAUACUGAAAUGAAUGCAAGAACAACUCCUUUUGUAUAUAAAGGAGAUGUAUUAGGUAAAGAGAUGGCAAGUGGGCAAGAGGAAGAACAUGUUGAUAUUGCAACUAGAUUGAGUCCUAAAAAUAGCUUUCAUGUUGGCGAGGGAGAAAUUCCUAUGACUAUAAAAAAUGAUGCAGAGUUUGAACAAGAUCCUGAAGGGAAAAAUAGUUCAAAAGAAGCAGAACAGGGUCUAAUAGAGUCAAGGAAUUCUGUGGACAGAGACUCAUCAAUGAAGGAAGUACGCAAUGAUAAUUUGACUACCAGUGCUGUAAAGGAAGACUGUAACUAUGCCAAAGGAAAAUGGGUUUUGGAUGACAGACUGCCUUUAUAUUCUGGGUUUGGUUGCAAGCAGUGGCUGUCAGGAAUGUGGGCUUGUCGCCUGACACAACGAAUGGAUUUUAGAUAUGAGAAGUUGCGAUGGUUGCCAAAAAACUGUAUAAAUGAAGAAUUUACGAUAUCUACCUUUUUUGAAAGGAUGAAGGACAAAACCCUUGCUUUUGUUGGGGAUUCAUUGGGCCGACAGCAAUUUCAGUCACUAAUGUGUAUGGUCACUGGUGGUCAAGAGAUGCCUGAUGUUCUCAAUGUGGGAUGGGAAUAUGGUCUUGUCAAGGCCCCUGGUGCUAAACGGCCUGAUGGUUGGGCUUAUCGGUUCCCAAGCACCAAUACCACAAUCCUUUAUUACUGGUCAGCCAGCCUAUGUGACUUGGAGCCACUAAAUAUCACGAACCCAAAAACAGACUAUGCCAUGCACCUUGAUCGACCGCCGGCAUUUUUGCAGCGUUUUCUACGUAGAUUUGAUGUCCUGGUCCUUAAUACAGGACAUCAUUGGAACAGAGGGAAGUUCAACGCAAACCGGUGGGUCAUGCACAUAGGUGGAGUGCCCAAUACUGAUACAAAGAUUGAAAAUAUUGUAGUUGCCAAAAAUUUCACGAUUCACAGUGUUGUCAAUUGGGUGAACUCACAGCUUCCAAGAUAUCCUGGUUUAAAAGCAUUCUUUCGGUCUAUCUCACCAAGGCAUUUUUCCAAUGGGGAUUGGAACACUGGUGGCACUUGUGACAACGUGAACCCUUCCAAAGGGAAAGCAGUUUUACAGGACGAUUCUGGUGAUCCUCUUGUUGCUGAUGCAGUGAAAGGAACAAAUGUUAAGUUUUUGGAUAUAACAGCUCUGUCACAGCUGAGAGAUGACGGCCAUAUAUCCAAGUACGGCAUUAGGGCCACCACACCGACCAUGCAAGACUGCUUGCAUUGGUGCCUACCCGGUGUCCCUGAUACAUGGAACGAAAUCCUUGUGGCACAAAUUUAGUCCGACAAAGCUGGUGUUUGGUGAACUCUCACCAUUUCCCCAUUUAACGUAUCAUGCUCUCUCGAUAGAGUGGAUAAUUAAUGUCAAGUGAUGGAGUUACCCCUUGAGUUGAUUGGAGCUCUGACCCUGUUCAUAAAUUGAUCUUUUCCAGUUUGGCCAGCUUCUAUACUGUUGAAGGUUGUUGCACUUGAGUUGCAAGUUCAUCAGCUUAUCUUCUCCAUUUUAGCUUAGGUUUCAUCAAUAAACAUGGAAUCUCUCUUUGGUACAUUAGCUAACUGUGCCAUUAUUUACGAGGCAUCACAGUUUACAGCUAUAUGAUCAGAGAACCAUUUGAAGGGCCAUUAUGUUUAAAGAGUGGCUGCAAUUUGAUCCUUUUAUGGCAGAAGUUAUCUUCCUACAAAUUACAGCAACAUAUCCCAUUUAUUAUACCUCUUUUUUUGAGUUUUGGUUUUGGCUCUUUAUUCACUUGUAAUAUGAACUAUGAGACUCAAUUACAUAUAUAUUUUUUGUGGCUUAUGUCAUUUUUAAGUAUUUUACUUCAUUAUUUU